AUGGAGAAUCAUCACUAUGCUCUCUCUGCAGAGCAAGUUUCGAGUUUCCAGGAGCGAGGUUACUUGCUAGUGCGGCAGUUCUUUACUCCCAGUGAAUCAGAGCUGCUACAGCAAUGGGCACAAGAGGUUCACGAUCUCCCUUGUACUCCCGAUACACCAUGGAUGCCUUAUGAAGAGGUGAACGCCGAGGGAAAGCGCGUGCUUUGUCGCACGGAGAAUUUCGCGAAUUCCCACCCAGGAUUCGAUAGUUUCCUACGGGGUCAGCGUGCUACCAGUAUUUUGCAACAGCUCGCCGGAGAAGAAAUGCUUCUUUUCAAAGAGAAAAUCAACUACAAGCUGGCCGGAAGUGGUGGAUUUGACCCCCAUAUCGAUGCAAAUGCUUACACCCACGUUAAGAUGAUCAAACAUUUGACAAUCUUGGCUGCCGUCGACGCAAUGAACUCCGUCAAUGGAGGUUUGGAAGUUGUCGACGGAAGUCAUCGUAUGGAGAUUCCUCUCGGUAGUGAUCGAUGCAUUGAACCCACUUGGGUGAAAUCAAACACCUGGACUUCUGCCGAGCUUGAAGCUGGCGAUAUUUUGAUCUUUGGCUCAUAUUUGGCUCAUAGAAGCGGUGCCAAUACCAGUUCCAAGGAUCGUCGAGCGGUUUACGCAACUUACAACUGCGCCACUGACGGAAAUCUGCAUGAUCAGUACUAUAUAGAUCGCCAGAAGCUUUGGCCAGCAACUCACAUGCGGAAGGAAGGAGAAUCCUACGAAGAAGGCCGAGCUCGUUACGCUUUUGGUUCGCCCAUGUUGACGGUGGACUCAGAGGCCAUCCCUGUAUAG